GCAGGACGUGAGAGAAGACGGCACUCAUCCGUUCUCUGGAUCUGUCUGCCUUGCUGCUGUCCCCGUCAGUAACACCUCGCGCUUGAAGACAAGGAGGAAAUACGCAGACUUCAGACAUGAAGACAUCAGCAGUUAUUGUGAUGGCUGUUCUUCUCACCGUUGGCUCUUCACUGCCAGUAGAGCAGGAGGCAGUUCGUGAGCCGCGCUCGCCUUUGCCUCGCCACCAUCACCUCCACCUCCAUCACCACCACCACCACCAUCACCACCACCACAACAACCCGCACGGCGACGUGUCGGUGGGCGUUUCCCAGCAGCCGGGCGUGGGCACCUUGGUGGGCGUCAGCGGCCACGGCUCGUGGACCAGCGGCGACGGCCACACGCACGUGAACGCGGGCGGCAGCUGGGACCGCGUCUUCCACGGGCCCGGAGCCACGCACCCGCACGUGUCCGGCGGCAUCUCCAUCACGCACGAGUUCGGAAGGCGCCGCUAG